AUGGCAAGCGAUGUACGCGGUUUCAAGCCGGAGUUGGUCGAACAAUCAUCUCGGUCGAGCAAAUCACAGAAUGCACGCCACUCAGACAAGUCCCCUGCACCGUUUAAUUCAUUGGCCCCAGCAGCAUCCACAGACUCAUCAAUCCCAACUGAAGACGAGCAAAGGCUCAAUUAUAAGCCGCGACGUUUCCUGCCACAGCCGACGGAAACCUCCUCGCGAUCGUUUAAGAAACAAUCGGAUGCUCUGAAACCUGGUUGUUGCAACAAGAAUUCGGCCAAUCCUCCGGAUAGGCCAUCAGCUGGUAAUGGCUCACUGAGCGGACAGCGUGCUCGCAUGUUACCUCAGCCCAUUGAGGUAAAACAUACAAGUAAUAAAGGCGUAAUGCAACACCAAAAGAAUAACUCGGACCCUGAGAAAGAUGACGCCAAGGUCUUCAAGAAGCCGAAAGGCCCCAGGCGCUUUGUCCCAGAACCCAUUGAGACAAUGAAGUUGAGUAGGCGACAUCCGGCCAAAACAGAUGACCGAGAGUCUAGCAGUAGUGAUACGGGCCGGAAUAACAGCACUGGGCCAACUACACCCCGAAAGUUCGCCCCUCAAUUAAUUGAAUCCGGGAAGCGUUCUGUCCGUCGAGUGGAUACCUUACUGAUUCAAAGUUCUUCUCGAGUCCUUGAUGAUGACUUGGUCACUAAUGGUCAGCGAACUCGAUCGCGCUCGCCUCCUGUUUCCAGAGGCCAGCAGAUCGUUGUAGCCAAAGAAUUGUCGAUGGUACCACCAGAAUCACGCUUUUCAUAUGCAAGCCUGUUGCAACGGCAGGAGGGCCGACGGCAUUCAUUUCGUGUCCCCGGUCUGCCCGCUAUCCCAUCAAACAGCAGCGAAGGCUCGGAUGAUUCCGAUACAUCCUCACUAUCUACCACGCCGUCAGCCUCAUCUGAAGCCAGCACCCGCAACCGAUUUGCAGCAAAGAAUCGAUACAGGGAAAGUUGUGACGAGCGCUUUUCUGGCUAUAUUCUCUCCUUGGCGGCCCGUAGUGCUGAAAAGGAGCUUCGAGACCAAGCAUUGGCAGCAUUUCCCAAUGAACAGAUUCACCAACCAGUCUCCCAUUUUGCCAUUGAUGGUGAUGAAGAGUAUGGAAAUGAAGACGAAGAGCUCAUGGCUGGUGAGUCGCGGAUAGUCAGCAGAAGAAAUCCGCUUCUCCGUCGCAGAUCAACCGCCGACUUGUCAUGGGAAUUGGACCAAAUGCGGCGACAUAAAGAAGAAGCUGAGAUGAAAGACCUUGGCGUCCACAAAAGUGACGCUCACGAGUCUAGAUUUUCUGCCGCCGCAAUCUCUUCUAGACAACAGAAGAUACAAGAAAAUGAAAACUCUGUUUUUGCCGGAUGGCGGCGAGAUCUUGAACUAGCCCAAAUGCGACAUGCGGCCAGUCCACCAAUGUUGGGCGACGACAUCGUCUUCCCCUUUAGCGUUUCUCCUCAGGGGACCGCCACCGAAACCGACCAUUUGCAUGUUCACCACAUGGAACCAGAGCCCGUGGAUGACGGAGAUCAAGUCGGACUUUGGUCCGAUCAUGCGCACGCUGAAGAUGACGAAAAACCAGGUUUAUGGAUGGGUCUAUGUCUUAAGGACGAAGGGACCGAAGAAGACUCUCAUUUUCACCGAGCCAGAACUGGGAUUGCCACACCAAGAUCGUCCAACGGUUUCGGGCCUAAUGACAUGAAUGACAUGAUAGAUGAUGAAUGCCCUUCACCCGCAUCGAAUCCAUUAGAAAUGACCGAUGAUCCCUUGGAUGUCAUGGACGUUGAGCCCGACGAAGAUAACACCAUAGAGCGUGAAUUCCACGACGGAUUCAUAACCCAAGUCUACAACUAUCUAUCGUUGGGAUACCCAUCCCUGGCACGCUAUUUUGAUUAUGAGUUGAGCAAAAUAUCAGGUAUCCCGGUCUCGGACUUGAGACAAGAUGACCUCAAUGCCGAUGCAAAGGGUCACGUUCUCUCAUCGCCAGGUCGUGCUUCUAAUCAGACCAAUAAUACACCUGCAACGCCUGAGAAUUGCAUGCGAUGGAAAGCAUUGAAACUCUAUAUUCAUGAAUGGGCUAGACAACAGCCCCAAAUGGGUCUUCUCAAUGACGAAAGUCUUGAUGCGUGGGGUGUCAUUGAGCGGAGAGGAAGUUGGGCAAUUUAG